UUCCCAUCAUGCCCAUCAUGCUUCCCAUGCGCUGCAGGUCAGAGUACUCGCCCCUCUUCAGGAACACCUGGUUCCCCAUGAAGUUGGGGCGGUCGUACACCACAAAGCAGCCAUUGUCCACCCUGCAGGAGUUGCAGCGGUUCAAGUGCAUGUGGAUGUCGGAGCAGUCGCUGCUGCACUCGUAGGAGCGACCCUGGAAGUUCUUGUCCUCGUAGAGAAUGAUCUGAAAAUGGAAGCAAGAGGAGGAAACAUGAAGUCAAUCUGUAGAGAGAGAGAGAGAGAGCAUCUACAACAGGAAACCAAUGCGUGUGCACAGUACCCGGCCCAUGAUGACGGUUCUGGUCUUUUUCGCUCCUGCUGCCAGCUCAGGUCCACUUUUAUAAGGAGGAUUGCCCGCAGACCACCUGUCCUACCUUUUGUGUGAAACAUCAUGACUCAUCACCAGAAUUCACGUGGUCUGCAUUCAUUUUAAACACACCUGAAUUCUUCUUAUUGUAUGGCGAAUGUAGUGUAUAGAGGUCAUCAAAGGUCAUCACAGAAGCAAAACCUCAUCACAUUUAACAAACUUCACAUUUCGUCUUAACUCUGAAAAGCGACAAGACCACAUGUAUGUGUCUGUUUAUUGAUUUGUACCGUUGCAUCAUUCAUUCACAUCCUUAUGAAUCAGUGAAUGGCAUCCAGCAUUAAAGCCAUAUAUUCAAACAACAGUAACUGCAGCAGAUUCCAACAUACAGUGAGGUCUGCUAUCCUAUAGAGCUGCACGCUUACACAAUGUAGACUGAUGACUCAAAGGUUUCAGCACAAGCCAUGUGGAAAUGCUAAGGCUGUGUAAUGUAUAAAAAGGGACAACGGUGGAUGUCAAAGCUGUACAUCUGAGAUUAGCUCCCAAGUAUCAUGACCAUGGGGAGGAUUAUCUUCUACGAGGACAGGAACUUCCAGGGCCGUUCCUAUGAGACCAGCAGCGACUGCCCUGAGCUCACCUCUUUCCUGAGCAGGUGUAACUCCUGCCGGGUGGAGAGCGGCCUCUUCAUGGUCUACGAGAAGCCCAACUUCAUGGGCCACCAGAUGCUGGUGAGGAGGGGCGAGUACCCUGAUAACCAGAGACUGAUGGGCAUGAGUAUGAGCGACUGCAUCCGGUCCAGCCGCAUGAUCCCCCAGCACCGUGGGCCAUUCAAGACCAAGAUCUACGAGCGCGAGAACUUCGGGGGCCAGAUGCACGAGCUGAUCGACGACUGCGACAGCAUGAUGGACCGUCUCCGCAUGUCUGACUGUCAGUCCUGCAACGUGAUGGACGGACACUGGCUGAUGUUCGAGCAGCCCGGAUUCAGAGGCCGCAUGCUGUACCUGAGACCAGGCGAGUACAGGAGCCUGAGGGAGAUGGGCCUGAACAACAUGACCAGGUUCAGCUCCAUCAGACGCAUCACAGACUCAUGUUAAACGACAUGUUUAGGGGAUCAAUAAAGCUGAAUUAAAAGA